GUAACGAGACGAGUUUCGAAGUGGCUCUCGACCAGACCGGAUUAGCGAAUCGCGUUUAGUGUGCUUGUACUUCAGCUGAUGGGUCAUUCAGGAGAGUUGCAAACGGCGGUAGCAUUCCUGGUUUAAAUGUAUUACAUCUAGCGGGUAGUCGGUCUUCCCGGAUUUUUUUUCUUGCCCUGAGCCCUGUCUAGAAUACGGUACCUGACAGGGUUGAUAGAAGUGCAUACGAAUCGAGUUUGUGACCUAACCGUACACCGAAUGAGCGAGUGGAUCAUGAUGUGAUAUCUCUCUACAGUAGUGCAAGAGUCAGUGGCUGAAGGUGUGUUUGAAACGUGACUCGGUUCGUGGCACUGCAAAGUGGUGAAAGGUGAAGGUGCGCCGGAAAUAGUGGGUGAAAGGGGGUCGUAUAUCCCCUAAUAUGCAUUGAAUGUGCGACGAUGCGGGAAAGUUGUCACGUCAACUGCAACGGUAUGCAAGCGAAUCUCGGUAGAGCUGGAACUGGAAGAUCACCAUACAGCAGUGAACUAAAGUUGCAAGCUUCGGAAGCAGUAGUGUUUACUCUGUCGAACGAAAAUGUGUAGCUUUUGAUAUGCUAACAAAUUGCUUAAACAAUCGACCUCUCGUCAUCGUUUGUCUCGUCGCAGUAGGCUAGAUGUGCACACAAAGUGAGAGCGUGCGAUAAUCAAACGGCUUUGUGAGUUUUGAAGUGAACAGGCAAGGCUAACUCGAUUAGACGCGAUAAUAACCUUCAACUGUGAAGAAGCGCGGUGUGUGCGGUUAAAAAUUUGCGCUUAUCAGUCGACGUGACGCGCGUGAUGCGUAUUUUCGGUUUCCAAAUAAACAGCCGUUGUCAGGGAAACCCUACUUACACCGAAAUCGCCGGAUUUGACAAAAACGAGUGAACAACACUUCCCGUAAAACUGCCACUGCUGUCAGCUAUUAACGACGAAGCGACCGAGUGACAGACUACUCGUAGUAGGCCGGUAGGAGCGGAAAUUGAUAUUCCACCGCCAUCGCACCUUCACCAUUACUGCAUUGAUUGUCGCACAAAUCGCACCAGGGGGACAACUGACAUUAUAAAGCAAAGUAGGCUGCCACCUAUCUAUCUAUCGCCGAAUAGUGCAGGGUGGGGCCGCACGUGUGAGGGGGCGUAUGUGUGACAGACCGCGAGCUUGUGAUAGCUAUUUGCUGGAUCGCAGUUUUUUUUUUAUCGAAUAUUCAUUUCGAAUGACAUCAUUACAACGCAGACAACAAACCAUCCAGUCCAUCCAGAAAAAGUGAAAAGCAGUAAAUAACCGCCCACCGAAACCACCCCCCUUUGUGUCGGGGGUUGUCGUCAGAGUCGUCACGGCGUACACUACCUGCCGAAACAGGUAGUGUACCUUGACUGAUAGAUUUUCGCAUAGAGAGCCGACUCUGUGCCAGUGGUUAUAGGGAGAAGAAAUAUGAGCGCCGCCGUCAGCGCCGACCAAACCAUGUUCGGCGACGGCAUCGACAAACACAACAACAACAAUAAUAAUAACAAUAAUGGUGAUCGCGAGUCGCGAAAUAAUAAUGGCACCCACGCAUUUGAGACAAUUUCGGAGUCUACGACGACGUCCGCCAGCAGCAGUUCCAUCUUCAAGAGCUCAAUGACCACCACCGCCAGCAAUGUGAGCCGCUCCUCAUCGUACCAUUUGCAGCAUCUCAAAAGCGCCUACGGAGCGUCCGAGGAAAUGCUGGAAACGGAAAAGGCAGGUCUGGUGGAGCGCGUAAACGACCUGGAGCGGAUAGUGCUGGAGCAGAAGGACGAAAUCGUCUGUCUCAAAUCUACCCUGGCCGACGUUCUGCGACGGUUGAGCACCAUCGACAACAGCUAUGACAACGCAAAAAACACCGAAGGAAGCUCGCACAGUGGUUCGGUGAUGUCCAGUAAAAGUUUCCGAUUUUCGCGGAACACCAUCACAAGAUUAAAUUCCAGCGUAGAUGAAAAACGAUUCGGGCGAGUUCCGUCGCGGGUGACGAGUUCCCCAUCGCGAAGCAUGUCCACAGCGAAGGCCAGCAGCCUGGCGCAGAAAGCCAUCCACCAUUCCAACGGAUCAUUGCAUUCCGACUCGAUGAGUAGCCAUUCGAUAUCGCCGGCCCCGUCGCCAUCGCCCAAGCAGCCCAAUAUGCAGAAUCUGUCCGCAUCGGCGGCCGGAAUGGGGGUCGGCGUCGGGAUGGGCGGUGGCAUGGGAAAACGGUGGAGCUCCACGGGGGACUUUGUGAGCGGUUCGCCGGGACCAGCAGCCAGCGGGACCGGCAACAGCAUGUCCCGGUUCUCCACCAAAUCCCUCCUGAAUCUGAACAGCAGUCUCAGCGCCAACGGUUCCAAACAGGCCGGUUCGCAUGCGUUCGUCCAGCGGAGGGACGACGACGACUACCUUAAGCUCUACAUCAGCGGCCGUCCAAUAGUGCUACACAUUCCAGAAGCUCAAAUUAGUACGUACGAAACGACCAAGGUCCAGCCGGCCCCCAACAAACGCCUCCGGCUCGACUGGGUCUACGGGUAUCGGGGUAAGGACUGCCGGUCGAACCUGCAUCAGCUUCCGACCGGAGAAAUGGUGUAUUUCGUCGCUGCGGUGGUCAUCCUGUACAACAUGGACGAACAGUCCCAGCGACACUACCUUGGCCAUACUGACGAUGUCAAGAGUUUAGCAGUGCAUCCCAACAAGCUGCUGGUAGCUACGGGACAAUGCGGAGGCCACGAGGGCAGGGAUACGCUUCCUCAUGUACGCGUGUGGAACUCCGUAUCGUUGGCAACGUUGAACAUAAUCGGGUUGGAAUACUUCACCGGAGCGAUCAACUGCUUGUCGUUUAGUCGAGCGGAUAGUGGCACAAUCCUAGCGGCAAUCGAUGAUUCUCCCGACAAGAUCAUAUCGAUCUGGGACUGGCAGAAGAAGGAGAAUGGCAGAAGAAUCACCGAAACGAAGUGUUCGGUGGAUACGAUCGUAGCCGUUGAGUUCCACCCGCUCGACAAAGGGCAGAUUAUAACAAUCGGAAAGAAUCAUAUCGCAUUCUGGUCGUUGGACCAGAACGGCAUGUUAUACAAGCGGAUGGGUGUGUUUGAGAAUCGGGAGAAGCCCAAGUACGUAACAGCUAUAUCGUUUACUCCUGCCGGAGACGUCGUGACAGGGGAUUCAAACGGCAAUAUUUCCAUCUGGCCUCGCGGAACAAACGUGAUCAGUCGAUUCCUGAAGAAGGUUCACGAAGGAUCGAUCUUUUCGAUAUGCUCCUUACGAAACGGUGGAUUCGUUUCCGGAGGCAAAGAUGGACGAUUGGUUCUGAUGGAUGAUGCGAUGCGAUUGAAGUCGGAGCAGUUAGUCGAAGCACAUUUCGGUGCAGUAAGAGUAGUCACACAAGGCAAGGGAUCACAACUGCUCAUUGGGACAACGAAGAAUUGCAUCCUGUCCGGUGACUUUACACUGGGACUUGUGCCAAUCGUUAUGGGCCAUACGGAUUUACUGUGGUCCCUGUCGUCGCAUCCUCAGGUAGCACAAUUCGUAACCGGUGGACGUGAUCGACUUCUGCAGUUGUGGGAUUCUUUGUCGCAUUCAGUGGUGUGGAGCAAAGAUAUUGGCGAACCUAUUCAAACGGUGCAAUUUUCGAAUUCGGGCGACACGAUCAUUGUUGGAGGCGUCGGAGGCCGGUGGAUGGUUUUCGAUACGGUCACAAGGGAGCUGUUGGCCGUCUACCAGGAUGGACAGGAUGUCAUCCAGACGAUCAAAUUUUCACCGGACAGCAGUUUGUUGGCUCUCGGGUCGAAAGAUGGUGGCAUUUACAUUUAUCAAUGCACGAAGGUGUCCCAUCGAUUCUCCAAGAUUGGAAAGUGUAUGGGACAUUCGAGCUUCAUUUCCCACUUGGAUUGGUCCAAGGACAGCACAGUGUUGCGAUCGAAUUCCGGAGAUUAUGAACUUCUCUACUGGAAUCCAACGCUCUGUCGCCAAAUAACGACCCACAGUACGGUGAAGAACCUCGAAUGGGCCACCCAAUCGUGCACGGUGUGCUUCGAAACGGUCGGAAUAUGGCCGGAGAACUUCGACAGAACGGACAUCAACAGCGUUUGCAAAGACGGCGAAGAGCAAUUUCUGGUCACAGCUGACGAUACGGGCAAGAUACGGCUGUUCAGCUAUCCGGCCUCGCAACCAAAGUCAUUGUCGCAUGCCUACCGAGGUCACAGUAGUCACGUAACGGCCGUAAAGUUUAUGCAUGAUGGCGUCCGACUUUUGUCCGCUGGUGGAUUGGACACAAGUGUACUUCAGUGGCGCGUGGUUUAGGCCACCGAUUCGCAAUGGAACACAAAACAACAAAAAAUGCAUUACUAAUUGUUACAUUAGUAUUUAAAUUACACCAUAUGCCUCUUUAUUUAUUAGCUCUAAACUUUUUUUUUCUCUUAUCGGUCGAUUCGAAUGAACAAAUUAUGCAAGUAAAAAUAUACACCCUCCUUCCCCAUACUAAGUGAUACAGCAGUUGUUUAACAUUAUUCUAACAGAGCGCAUUUUAGAGCAGGAAAUAAAUUAUUGUACUUUUUAUUCGAAA